CACUCAGCAUACAACAUAAACACACUCCAACUCUAUAAAGUUAAGCCACGAGAUAUCAGAAGACAGGAAGAGUGAAUAUGGAAGCUCAACGGAUGAGGAAUGCCAUUGUUAUACCACUUGGCCUUCUCAUUGUGAUUGUCGCUGCCGCCAUGACUUAUCACUGCGAAGCUGUUAAAGACAUCUCUGAAACCUCGACUUCUCCAGAAAAAAUUCCAUCUCCUGGAGUUGGUAACGGCAGAAGCCUAGAUUGGGAUUGUUGUAAUGAAAAAGUUAAAUACUGCUGCACAUCAUCUCCAGCUCAGGCCUCUCUUGCUCAAUCCCCCUCUUCUGCAACUUCGCAUCCAGUAGACUACAAUGCUGCUACUACUCGGCCAUGAAGAAGAGAAGAGCUGGCGAUCAAACAUCAUUGGAAGACAUCAAAACCAGAAUAAGAAUAAUGAAUAAUAAUAAGUUUG